AUGUCUGCAGAAAAAUUAAAAGAACGAAUGGCAGAAGAUGCACUAACAAUGAAAACUGCAUUUUGUGAAUGUCCAAAUUAUGAAAGAAUAAUUGAAUUAGUUUUAAAAUCUGGAAUUUCAAAAUUGCCCGAAGAAUGUAAAAUUACUCCCGGAAUUCCAAUAAAACCAAUGUUGGCACAUCCAACAAAAGGAAUUGAUGAAAUUUUUGAUCGGUUUGGAGAGGAAAUGUUAGCUUGUGAAUGGAAAUAUGAUGGGGAAAGAUGCCAGAUUCACCGUUUGUCAGAUGGAAAAGUCAAAAUUUUCAGUCGAAAUCAAGAAGAUUCAACAAAUAAGUUUCCUGAUAUUGUUGAACGUGUACCAAAAUGUAUUCGAGAUAAAAAUGAUGGGAAUAUAACAUUUAUUGCUGACGGAGAGGUUGUUGCUUGGGAUCAAGUGAAUAAACAAAUUCUUUCAUUUCAAGUUUUAUCUACCAGAAAACGAAAGAAUGUUGGAACUAGUGAGGAUAUUCAAGUAAAAGUUUGUGUCUAUCUAUUUGAUCUUCUCUAUUUCAACGGUGAAUCUCUUACUAGCGAAACUUUACGUGAAAGACGAAAUAAAUUGAGAGAAAAUUUUGUGGAAGAAAAUGGAAAUAUUCAUUUUGCAAAUUAUAUAGAUUCAAAUGAUUCUGAAGAAAUUAAUAAAUUUUUUGAAGAAUCGAUUAAAGGAAAUUGUGAAGGUUUUUUUCUAAAUUUUUUAUUUGGGGAGAUUUUUUGGACACUUAUUAGGAGAGGAGGAGUUGGGUGCUAGUACAUCUAGAGAAACAUGGAGAUUUGUCCGCAAGAAUAAUCCGCAAUAAAAUGUCCGCAAAUAACUUUCC